GACGUGCUUGCGGUAAUGAAGGCCAUUCAGCAGUUAAAUACAUUGGAUGAUAUGCCAAUUCGGAUCAUAACAGUUGUAGCAAACUUAACCCUCCUCAAUCAUCUGGUAUUCCCGAGGACAAUUCUUCUGGAUCCCUCUACUGCGAAUGAGCGAAAACCAUUCUCUCUAUGCGGUCUACAGAAUGGCUGAAUAGGCGGUUGUUGGUUGGUUCACCGCAUUUGGGCGGUGCAGUAGACAAAAAACAAGCUCAACCAACCUGUAUUUUAUUUGGCGGAGUUUAGACAGGUUGACAAGUUGACGGCUAGAUGAGAACCAUUACGAAACAUACGUCCACUGAUCUGGAGCAAGUUGACGUUCGAAUCAGGCAGGCUCUGAAGAAUCUAGACAUCUCAGAGGUGGCCGAUGUUGGUCUUCUGCAAGACUUGUCAGUACAGGGCCUUCGUCGCUUUGCGGAGAAUGGCGGCCUCGGAUCGUGCGUUGCAAAAGUAGACGUUUUGGCCGAUGAUGAGGAUGACUUGAUGUUUCUCGCUGGUGAACGUAUCAUAGUUUUAAAGUACGUGGAGAAGGAUCAAUAUCUGGUAAGCAAAAAUAUUCUCUCUUUCAAGGUCAAUUGAUCUCUCAAGACAAAGUGCUGGUAUUGCCACCAAGCGUAGACCUUCAUUAAUGCUACCGAGUGCAAAUGGUCAUUUCUCACCUCAAGCGCCACGCUAUUGCUCUUUAAUGCUUUCUACAUACGCAUGC